AUGAGCUCUGCCUUAAAAAUAAGCUCCAAAACUUUUUAUGAUAUCCUCCUUUUUACCAAACUAAUUUGUCUUUUGCAACCCAGUGUACAUACAGUGGUGAUCUUUGUUUUUUUUUCAAAAAUUAUUGUUAAAAAUGAGAGAAAAGAAGCUGACAUGAGAGAGAAUUGGGAAAGGAUACACUGGGGGGUGCAGUUAAGAAAACUACUGUAAGUAUAUUUAUUAAAAACUAAUUUCUU